AUGCAAAUCACCACUGCAGCUCUGUUGACCGCUUUGGUCGUGGCGCCCAUGACCGUCAUGGCCGAUAGCUGCGACAAAGGUUCGUCUUGCAAGUACUGGGACGAGAUCUCGUGGAAAAAUGCCGCGGAGAAGUUCUGUGAUCCCGCCGACAACAAAGUUGUCAAAAAAGGAGAUACAUAUAUGGCGAAGACAUCCAAAAACGACGACGGGGCUGGCGGAGCUCAGAUCUUUUUUGGCAGCUACGAAGUUAACGGCCAAAAGGAUUACACAAUCCACGACCAGGAGUGCUCAUCCUACAUGAGCCAGAUCUGGGCCAAAUGCGGUGGUGAUGGAGGAUCGAUCGAUACUACAUUCGGAACCGUGACCGCGAAGUGUACCAAAGACAUUUCGACUCACAAGCAUGCCGCAGAAAAAUACGACGACGACACUCCAAAGGUGGUCAACAAAGUCAACGGCCGUGGAGACCGACGCAGAAGAAGAAAUGCUGCAAAUAAAGCCAAGUCAGCAAAGCAGAAGCAAGAGAAGGAAUCGAAAGUGGCCAAGGUAGAAGAUCAAAUAGUGAACCGACGAGCUGUCACCGGUCAAACAAGCGCGGACGCGAAAGUGGCCAAGGUAGAAGAUCAAAUAGUCAACCGACGAGCUGUCACCGGUCAAACAAGUGCGGACGCGAAGGCGAACCGAUUGGCGGAGGAAGCUAAGAUCAACGAAGAGCACGCCAAGGUCGCGGCAGAGGAAGCCAAGAAAGCCGCCGAGAACCAGAAGCUGGCAGGCCCGGCCAAGGCUGCCGCGUCGAAGCAGGCUGGAGAUGCAAAGGCAAAGGAUGACCAGGAGAACGAGGCCGCGUCGAAGCAGGCUGGAGAUGCAAAGGCAAAGGAUGACCAGGAGAACGCGGCCGCGUCGAAGCAGGCUGGAGAUGCAAAGGCAAAGGAUGACCAGGCUGCUGCCCAGGCGCACGCCCAAGCUGAACAGGACAAGAUCGCGGCUGAAGAGAAGCAGCAGGCGGCUCAGAAGGCGGCAGGACUCAAGAAGGAGGCGGAUGACAAGGCGGCUGAGGAUGCUAAGAUCAAGAGCCAGACAGCCCAGUAG